GGGAGAGAGGGAGACAGGGAGAGGAGAAAGGCUUCGAUAGACAACACGAAAGAGGGGAAAAUAUAGAACGUCGCAACACCCCACUCUCUCUCUUUCCCCCUCUGCUCGCCGGAACCCUCAUCGUAUCCGGUCGCCGGAGAACCCACGCCGCGGAACGGGAGCCAGCGAUCUCCUCCUCCCCACUCCGGGGGUCGCGCUCGAGCUCCGUUGGAUCGUUGAUGCGGGCGGAACCCCGGCGGGAUCUCGCCGGAACCCUAGUCGCGAGAUGAACGGGAGCAGCGCCAAGGACGCCGAGCGGGCGCCGCCGCCGCUGGAGUGGAAGUUCUCGCAGGUCUUUGGGGAGAGGGCGGCGGGAGAGGAGGUGCAGGAAGUUGAUAUUAUAUCAGCAAUUGUAUUUGAUAAAUCUGGAGAUUACCUUGCCACUGGAGAUCGAGGAGGACGUGUGGUAUUAUUUGAAAGAACAGACCUCAAGGAUCAUGGUGAUAGAAGGGAAUUGGAGAGACAAGAUUAUCCUAAAAACAAGCAUCCUGAGUUCCGCUACAAAACUGAGUUUCAAAGUCAUGAACCUGAGUUUGACUAUCUAAAAAGCUUUGAAAUAGAGGAGAAAAUCAACAAGAUCAGAUGGUGUCAAACAGCUAAUGGUGCACUUUUUCUUCUUUCCACAAACGACAAAACCAUCAAAUAUUGGAAGGUGCAAGAGAAAAAAGUGAAACUAAUAACCGAAGUGAAUAUAGAUGCUUCCCAAGCUGUAGGGAAUGGCAGAAUUGCUCGCUCAAGCACAAAUGGUCCUACAACAAAUCUUCUGAAUGGCGGAUGCUCUGAAAGGCCCUAUAAUUAUCUGAAUAAUGACUUCUCGUUUCCUUCUGGAGGGUUUCCAUCUUUGCGUCUGCCCGUGGUAGUAUCAAGCCAGGAGACAAACCUUGUUGCUAGAUGUAGAAGGAUAUACGCCCAUGCUCAUGAUUAUCACAUUAAUUCAAUUUCAAAUAACAGCGAUGGUGAGACAUUUAUAUCGGCAGAUGAUUUGCGAAUAAAUCUGUGGAAUUUGGAAAUCAGCAGUCAGAGCUUCAACAUUGUUGAUGUGAAGCCUGCAAAUAUGGAGGACCUAGCUGAGGUGAUAACGUCUGCUGAAUUCCAUCCAACCCACUGUAACCUGCUAGCUUAUAGCAGCUCGAAGGGCUCAAUUCGGCUUAUUGAUCUGCGUCAGUCAGCAUUAUGCGACAACCAUUCCAAGCUGUUUGAGGAGCAUGAUGCACCUGUGUCUAGAUCCUUUUUCACGGAUAUCCUUGCCUCAAUUUCUGAUAUUAAAUUUUCAAAGGAUGGAAGACACAUACUUAGCCGUGAUUAUAUGACCGUUAAGUUAUGGGACAUUAACAUGGAUUCAGGUCCCGUUGCAACUUUCCAGGUCCAUGAGCAUCUAAGGCCAAAGCUAUGUGAUUUAUAUGAAAACGAUUCAAUCUUUGACAAAUUUGAGUGUGGCUUGAGUGGAGAUGGACUUCGGGUAGCGACAGGUUCUUAUAGUAAUCUGUUUCGUGUAUUUGGCUGUACUCCUGGAAGCAAUGAGGCAACAACUUUAGAAGCCAGUAAAAAUCCAACAAGGCGUCAGCCUCCAAAUCCUUCCAGGCCGGCAAGAUCUCUUGGCAGUUUGACUCGUGUGGCCCGACGAGGGACUGAAAGUCCAGGAGUUGAUACUAAUGGAAACUCACACGAUUUCACGACCAAAUUGCUCCAUUUAGCUUGGCAUCCAACUGAAAAUUCAAUAGCUUGUGCUGCUGCAAACAGCUUGUACAUGUACCGUGCGUAGAUACACCCCUGGCGGAAAAGGCUCUCGUAUUUGGCCUUUUUCCUUAAUUAAAUUGCUUCUUCUCGAAGCUCGUCUUUUCACGUGCAACCAGCAAGACCACACAAGUUGCUAUAUCAUUGAGCUUCACACGGAAACCCUUUCGGGGUCAGAAGAUUUUACUGGACUUGCUAACGAAGUAAUUGUCUCGUGUUUUUUAGCAGCUUUUGUCCAAUUCUUUUAGAAGUGCUAAGUCAUCUCUAUUCAUUUAGAUUUUCUGCUAUUACUUCGGCGAAAAAGCUUCUUCUGCUAUACUGUGCUAACUAUAUCUCUUAGCUAGAUUUGGGUUCGUACUUAUGUGGUCGCUGUUACAGUACUUAUUCGAUCUUCGUGGCUAUUCAAUUUAUUUAUUUGUUGAAAUAAGUGGGCAGAGAUUCUGAGCUGCUUUAUGUGCUCAUUGUAUUGUAUGUAAUGCUGGCUGUAUUUUUACCAAGUGGAUUGUCAUCAAAUGUUGUUCUGUUAUGUCGAAUGCUUGUGUCACUAUCGAUUGCUUGUUAUCUC